GCAUGACUCAGCAUUCUUCCGAGGAGGCUGAGCUGCUUUCUUUGGCUCACGGAAAUUUCCGGCAGAGAGUACCAACGCGGGACGGGAUCCUCCUCCUCCUCCGCUGGGCUUCUGCUGGGGACACCUGCUAAGGCGACACCUGCUAAGGCUUCGUGAUCCUACUUCCCACUUACCCGAGAUGCCUGGAAAAUAUACGAUCACCUAUUUCCCCGUACGCGGGCGCUGUGAGGCCAUGAGGAUGUUGCUGGCUGAUCAGGGGCAGGAGUGGAAAGAGGAUGUGGUAACCAUGGAGAUUUGGACCAAGGGUGACCUCAAGAAAUCUUGUGUCUUUGGCCAGCUGCCUAGAUUUCAGGAUGGAGACUUUCUUCUGUACCAGUCCAACGCGAUCCUGCGCCACUUGGCAAGGAAUCACGGACUCUAUGGUCAAGAUGCCCGUGAAGCGACGCUGCUGGACAUGGUGAAUGAUGGAGUGGAGGACCUGCGUGUUAAAUAUGGCCGCCUCAUCUAUCAAAACUAUGAGGGUGGCAAAGCGGACUAUAUCAAGGCCUUGCCGGGAGAGCUGCGUCCUUUUGAGAACCUUCUGGCUCAGAAUGAUGGUGGGAAGACCUUCAUUGUAGGCAAACAGAUCUCCUUUGCUGACUACAAUCUGCUUGAUCUAUUAAAUGUGCAUUUGGUCCUGGCCCCCGACUGCCUGGCUUCCCUCCCCUUGCUGGCUAGCUAUGUGCAGCGGCUCAAUGCCCGACCGCUCCUCAAAGCUUUCUUGGAGUCUGAUGCCCACAAGCAGCGCCCCAUCAAUGGGAAUGGCAAGCAAUGAAAUGGAUUCCUUCACCAAGUUGCAGCUUUUCUGGUGAUCUCUGGGUGCUUUGUAGUUUUGUAUACAUUAAUAUUAAUGAAGCGAGUUUCAAUAAAGAAUUCUGCACAUCUUUGCUUGGUAGGGAAAGUAUGGUAACUAAAUUCAGCAGAAGCCCACUGCAAUCAAGAGGAGAUGUGAUUAAUUUGCUAGAGCAAAGUGGCUUAUUAUAAUUGUUGUAGUUACUAUUGUUAUUUGUUAAAUUUAUAUCCCAUUUCCCCUCCCAAACGAACCCAGGGUAGCAUAUAUAGUGAAGCCAUAAGCUAGGAUUUGUAGCUUUUGUGGCUUCAGAAGUGCAGCACAAGACACCUAAGGGUGAACAUACACAAGGUGGCGGGAAAUUUAUGAUCAAAUCUCCCACUUUAAAAAGAAGUAAAUGCAAGAGCUCCUGCUUUUAGAUCAAGGAGGCUGUGUUUGCUUAUUCCCCCCCCCCAUGCUUCCCCCCGAUCAUAAUCAGCAUCCCAUAGCUCUGUUCACCCCUUUAAAAGUUAUAAUAAUAUAUUAUUUGCCACCUCAUUUCGAUGCACACUAGCUCUCCACUUCCCACCUUUUGAUCUUGGUAAUUUCCAAACAGGUAGCCAUAAUAGUCCUCUACAGCAAAAAGUUUAGUGGCUCAUAAGCUUUAGUGAACUAGAUCUCACUUCAUCAGAUGCAUAGGAUGUGAUCCUCAGUUGUAGGUGUGUGCAUAUAUUGCCAUGCCUGAGGCUGAGAGAUUUUAGCCUGUGCUGCAUUUUGUGACAGCAAGUUGGUAAAAUGGCUCACUGCUCAACCAGGUUAGAUGUUCUCUGAAUCAUAUUGGAGAAACAGCAGGUGCAAGAUCCCAUUGGGCCAAUGUGAUUCAAAUCCCUGUUCCGUUACGAAGCUCCCUGGAGUGCCUUAAGCACAUCACUUUCCUAGCCUAUGGCAUAAGUUAUAAUGAGAAUUGUAAUGAUUUUGUACACUGAAGUUUAAGAAUAAAACAAAUGGCAUUAAAUUAGA